UUUACGAUAGAAAUGAGGGUAUCGAUCGGAUGAGUUGGACAGUAAGGCAUGGGGCGAAGAAGAAAGGCAAAAGAGCCCCAAAUCCCUGCGGCGGAUCAAAUCGGCAGAAAUGGUGAAGAAGAAGAAGAAGAUGAUGAUGAUGAUAAGGGAUCGGGCUUCUUCGCCUGCUACUUGCUCACUUCUCUCUGUCCCCGCUUCAAAGGCCAAACAUACAUCGGAUAUACUGUCAAUCCACGACGGAGAAUUCGUCAGCAUAACGGCGAAAUAGGGAGCGGCGCGUGCCGCACCAAGAGGAAGCGCCCCUGGGAAAUGGUGCUCUGCAUCUACGGCUUCCCUACUAAUAUCGCGGCUCUUCAGUUCGAGUGGGCGUGGCAACACCCGUUAGAAUCUCUAGCGAUCAGGAAGGCGGCUGCAGGUUUCAAAUCGAUAUCUGGACUUGCAAACAAGAUUAAACUGGCCUAUACAAUGCUAACCCUUCCUCCCUGGCAAAGUUUGGACCUCACGGUGAACCUAUUCUCAACAAAAUACCGACUGCAUACCUCCGGCUGUCCAGCCUUGCCCGAGCAGAUGAAGACCAAAGUCAGUUCCAUGGACGAGUUGCCAUGUUACAAUGAAAAUGUAUGUAUAAACGAUGAAUGGGAUGAUUUUGAAAGUGAGUGCAUUUUGCAUGAACUGAAAGAAAAAGAAUCAACUGGAGCAAUGAGGGAACAAGAAGUUCACAAUUCUCCUAGCUAUCAUGUUUCUGAAGAAAACUUUAACCAGCAGAUAAACCAUGCUAGUCCUGAAUCAACUGGAGCAAUGAGAGAACAACGACUUCACUAUUCUCCUAGAUAUCAUGUUUCUGAAGAAAACUUCAACCAUCAGGUAAAUCAUGCUAGUCCUGAAUCAAGUGGAUGUCAGGCAAGAACAUGGGUGGGAUCUCAAUCCAAUUCGUCCCCUGCCAGAAAAUUGUGUUCACCUUCUAGCUCCUUGUUUGCUGAAGAGAAACAGAGUCCAGGGUUAGGCAAGCCAACUACAGUAUCAGAUGAGCCACAAACUGACGGAUAUCGAGUGUUGAUCAGUACUGACAUCAGUGGCCACGACGUGGAGGUCAUUGAUCUUUUCACGCCUUCACCUUGUUAUAUGGAAAAGUCAGGCAGCAAGAAGAGGAGAAGGCGGCCGAAUCUGGGCCCUGAGGUGAUUGACUUGACUAAUUCUCCCAUCUUUGUAUAAUUAGUGAUGAUGUAAAUCCAUAAACAUAAUGUAUUAUUCAUUAAGGUUGUAUUUCAAUAAGCAUGAUUUGUUGUUGAAAACUUGAAAUGGUAUCACAGUUCGUAUA